AUGGCGGACACCCCUAACAGCGAGCAAAGCCGCAGGGAGGCGGAAAUCGUCGACAGACAUCUUCCCGAAGGCUACUCGGCGACGCCGGAGGUGGUAGCAUGGAAUGGCAACGAGAGAGGGGAGGAACGAAGCACUCCACUGGAACGAAGGGAGUCUGAAGAGCCAACAGAGCAGUCUUCACUCCUCCUGCAGGGUGGCGAUGUGCACCGCGAUAUCUUCCGGAUCAAAGCGCGUGGCACUAUGCCAAAGCGAGCCAACACGUUCUCUGCGAAACAAAGUCCGGCCUUGGGACCUACGGCCUACCGGACUGCCCAGGAACAGUUGCAACCGGGUGGUUUCCGUCGGCAGUACAUCCAGCAGCGGCGCCCAAGCAUAGAGCGGAGCAUGAUGAGCAACGACACCAAGCCUGUGACCAAGAACUUCAUCUCGUUCCUGGAGCUGUAUGGAAGCUUCGCCGGUGAGGAUCUAGCGGACACUGAUACUGACGAUGAAUCUGCGAUUGAAGAUGGUGACCAAGAUGAUGGAAUGCCCAGCGAGAGGAGACCGCUGCUGGGUCGGAGGAAGAGCUCCAAGCGCAUGAAGCGCGAGGGAGACGCCGGCACCACCAAGACCUUCUUCACCCUCCUCAAGGCUUUCGUGGGAACCGGCAUCAUGUUCCUGCCCAAGGCGUUCCGGAAUGGUGGAAUAUUGUUUUCCUCUAUCACUCUGAUUACUGUCUCCAUUGUCACCACUGUAUGCUUCCGGCUGCUUCUGCAUUGCCGGAAGAGGUAUGGAGGAGGAGGGUACGGUGAACUUGGGUUGGAGAUUGGUGGACCAAAGUUACGAUCAAUUAUCCUGGGUUCCAUUACGAUGUCGCAGCUCGGCUUCGUAUGCGCUGGACUCAUCUUCACCGCCGAAAAUCUACUGGCCUUUGCUAAUGCUGUCACCUCUGUUCCGAGCAAACAACCUUUUGGCGUGAACGCUCUGAUUGCCAUCCAGUUCGUGGUGUUGGUACCUCUGGCCCUCAUUCGGAACAUCUCCAAGCUCGGACCUGCCGCUCUACUGGCAGACGUCUUCAUUGGAAUCGGCCUGGUCUACAUCUGGUGGUACGAUAUCUCCGCAAUCUCACAAAGAGGCAUUGCACCGACUGUCACUCUGUUCAACCCAUCUUCAUUCACGCUUACGAUUGGCUCUGCGAUCUUCACUUUUGAAGGGAUCGGGCUCAUUCUGCCCAUUCAAUCAUCCAUGCGAGAGCCGCACAAGUUCAGCUACCUCCUCUACCUGGUCAUGCUUAUCGUCACGGUCAUCUUCACUUCGGUCGGAGCCCUGUGCUACGCAACGUUCGGCGAGGAGACCAAGAUCCAGAUCAUCUCGAACUUCCCUCAGGACAGCAAACUGGUGAACGCCGUUCAGUUCCUGUACUCCAUGGCGGUGCUCGUGGGCGAGCCAGUACAACUCUUCCCAGCCGUCCGCAUCAUCGAAACGCACCUCUUCGGGGAGCGAGCAUCUGGCAGGAAAAGCGCGGCGAUCAAAUGGAAGAAGAAUGCCCUGCGAGCGGCCAUGAUGGUCCUGUGCGGUCUCAUCGCUAUCAUCGGUGCAAGUGACCUGGACAAGUUCGUGGCGCUCAUCGGAGCUUUCGCUUGCGUGCCGCUGGUCUACAUCUACCCACCUUAUCUGCAUUUCAAGGGAAUGGCGGAGACGGCAUCAGAGAAGGCGUUCGAUAUCGCGCUGUUGUGUCUUGGAGUUGUGGCGAUGGUGUAUUCGUCGGUGGUGACGGUUUCGCAGUGGGUGCAGACGAAUUGA